AUGGCGUGCAAUUUUUUCCUUGCGGUGCCUGCUUCCUCUUGGGAAGUUAUGUUGGAUGACUAUUCACGUGGGGUGAGGGUCGCUUUGAAGUCAAAUACCUUCUACGGAGACGCGCUGACAGCUGUUUUUGCCCCUUGGCAGCAAAAACGUGACUGUGCAAAAGGCGGAACACCUUGCCAAGCAGAGAAAAUGCUGGAUGCUUCACUCCACGCUCGUGGACCUUCGCUGGGGCUCAGCUUGUCUGGACUGCACCAGCGCAAGGUGUCCAGCAAAGCUUCCCAAGUUUUGUCCGAGAGCCUUGUGAUUGUGGAAAUGCGUGUGGACCAGCUGGAUGACAAGUUUCAGAUCAAGUCCGGACUCUUGUCUAUUCCAGGAGGAGUGCGCCUUGGACGUGAUGUGCCGGGUGAGCCAGCCUUGGGCUUGCAAGGCCCAGCUUGCACCUGCAUGUGGUGGACCACCUCCUUGCAGGUCCUCAGCAACAUCUCCCGAAGCCGUUGGGAGCUGGCGCCGCAGCUCCUAGAUGAACUCGCGGAAGUUGCGGGACGCGGCAACAGCGUGACGCUCAACACGGUGAUGACCGGUUGCCAAAGGGCCUCGAAGUGGCAACACGUGGUACAAGUGAUGCGGACUUUCAAGACCAGGCAGCUGUGCCCCAGCGCGGUCUCCUUCAACGUGUUGCUUCGGGCCUGGGAGGUCUCCAACUGGCCACGUGGCAUGUCCUCGCUGCAUGCCAUGGGAGAUCUGCGGGUGCCCAAAAACACCGUAGUGUACAACGCAGGCAUUUCCUCCUGCAACUGGCGAUGCUCAGAAGGGUUGCUGCAGGCACUGGUCAAUCAGCAGCUGGAAAGCAGUGCUGUGACCAGCAACUCGGCCAUUGCUCUGCAUAUGAGGACAACGAUUGACGUCUCCACUGUGGAACUCUUCGUCAGCCAUUCUUCAAAGUGUCCGUCUUGGAAGAAACUUCUGGCGCUGUGUCACUACCUGAACUUGGACUUGGCCAUUUUCUCAUCAUUCCUUGCUUGCAUUUCGGGUGUGAUCUUCUUGGUUUUACGGGCUGGCAGCUUAAGUGCUGUGGCACAAGAACCUCAGCGCCUUUUGUCUGGCAGUCUGUUCUGGUGGCCUGUUCUUGUUUUCGCGAUGACUUAUGCCUGUGGACAUGUUCUGUCCAACAAGCUACUCUGGUUUGACAAGCUCUGCAUUGACCAAGACAACUUGCUACGGAGAUGUCAGGCAUUGAAAGCAGUUCCUGCCUUUGUGGCUCACUCCGAACGGAUGAUUAUUUUGUUGGAUGAGACGUAUUUUUCGAGGCUUUGGUGCAUCUAUGAAUUGGCUGUGCACAGCAAAACAGGCUCGGCCACUGCCGAGCUGAUUCCGAUGUGGAUGCCUCUGUGGACGAUCAGUUUCAUGGGUUUCGGUUCGUUGCUGGCAUGUCUUUGCCUGCUCGCAUUUGGCGAACGUGCGACAGCUACCUGGUUACAACUGAACACAGAAUCGUUCACCUCCCUCUUUUGGUCCGUCUUCAAAACAUUCCCGGAUUCGAUGUAUCCUCUUUAUGCAGUCCCUGCUGCUUGGUUUUGUUUCGAGAAGCUCAAGCGACACAAGAGGAUGCUUGAUCAGAUGGCAGAGUUUCAUCUUGGAAAUGCCAAGUGCACUUUGGAGACAGAUCGCAGAGUCAUCGAAGAGCAAGUAUUGAGUCUGUUUGAUGAGGCGCUCGAGCCUCCAGUGAGCAUUGCAUUUGGUACUGAAGAUGACAUGGGCGGUUCAGAAACUCUCCUAGCCCCAGAGACCAUCCGUGAUAUCCGUGAGAUCCGACAUAUCACCAGCUACCCUACGAACGAUCAAAUCAUUGAUCAGUUCAAUGCGCAACUAGCCGCUGGCGCUACACCUGGGCGCGACUUGGGCUGCUUCGCGAUGCGUGGUGACUUGGAACGCGUUGCUGAGCAGUUGCGAGAAGUGUCAGGAAUGGCAGCUGGCAGCUGUGUUGUUCUGCUCACUUCAUUCCCAAACUGUGGAAGCAAACGUGAAGCUCGGAUUGGCUCCGGUGCCGUCCUCGCCUCCCUGGGUGGCCGCUGGUCCCAAGCCUUCAGCGCGCUGGAGUCAGCGGUGCAGCGCAGCAUCCGCGCAGCGGUGGUGAGCCGCAGCGCGGUGAUUUCGGCGUGUGAGAAGGGUUUAGCCUGGGAGCACGCCAGCCAUACCUUGAACACGUUGGGCCUUCUGCACGUGGGCACCACGGAAACCACCUACAGCGCAGUGGCCGCGGCGCUGGAGAAAGGGCAGCAAUGGGAAGCAGCAAGCACCUUGGCCUUAGAGACGGCAGGGCCUGCCAUGGCUCCGUCCCCUGGCACACCUCUGGGUGGCGAACGCCCUCGGCAACGCAGCCACUCACCUCGCGGGGGGGCGGCCCUCCACGACCCCAUGGACACCGACGGAGGGCAGCCUUCCUCUCGCGGUCGAGUCUUUUGCCCUGUGCCUGGAUGUCUGCAAGGCGACCCCUUGCGGGCACGAGGGUGGGCUUCGGUGGCAUCCAUGCAAUCGCACAUUGAUGCGCACCUGGCAGGCAGUCUUCACGGGGAUGUGCCCAUUCCUUGGCUCCACUCGCACAACCGUACUCGCUGCCUUGAGUGCGGGCUUAGCGUCUCCAGUCGGCAUGGCAUACACCCAACCUGCCGCCCCGCUGCCAGGGCCGCAGCCGGUGCACCUCGCAGCGCCGCUGCCGGUGACACCUUGCCAUCACUCGACGCAAUCCUGCUGGGCCGCACCCGCACGCUUCGACAUGUGCUUGCCGCAGCCCGCUACCUGUGGGGGAAAGUGUUGACCCGAGCCCUUGCAGCAGCUGCCCACCACAACGACAUCAGGGCUUGGCAAGAACUGCUCAUGCUUCCGCAGGCGGUCCUUGAUGCCCCACAGCGCGGAGGGCGCAAACACGCCAAGGCCGUGGCGGCCUACACGUUGGAUCGCUUGCAGCGGUGGAAGUCUGGCGAAAGGGCUGGCCUUUGGGAAAGCCGCCGGCCCCCAUUGCCCCCCAGUGGCCGUGAACGUACUGCCAACCAACGCAAAGAGCUUGCUACUGGCUUGGCCCGGGAAGGCUUCGACAGUAAAGCCUGCGCAGCCCUUCUCGCCGACGGCCUGUGCGCAGAGACGCCUGCCACAAUCGCAGCACUCCAACAGCUGCACCCCACCCAGCCCAACCCAGCGGUGCCACCGUUCCACGAACUGUGCCCAGGCCCGUUGGUCGAGCCUGACAUGGUCGCAAAAGCUCUACGCAGCUUUCCUGCUGCAUCCGCUCCUGGCCCCUCCGGCCUCCGAGUGCAGCACCUUCGGGAUGCAUGCUCCCCUGGAACUAUAGGCACCCUGCACCAGCACUUGGCCGCCGUGGUUGCGCUUCUGGCCAAUGGUCAGGCAUGCGAAGCGGUGGCGCCUGUGCUCUGCGGGCACACCUGGUUGCCGUCCCGAAGCCAAAAGGAGCUGGAUUUCGAGAACGCCUUCAAUACCAUCAGCCGCGAUCACGUCCUUUCUGCGGUCCGCUCGCACUUUCCCGCCUUGGCGCGAUGGACUGCAUGGUGCUAUGGAACGGCCUCUUCCUUGCAGUUUGGCACCACCAUCUUGCAAUCCGCUUGUGGCGUCCAACAGGGUGACCCGUUGGGCCCUCUGCUGUUCGCUGCUGCUUUGCAACCAUUGGCGGAGGAACUUCGCUCUGGCCCCCUCGACCUGGCAACCUUCUAUCUUGAUGACGGCGUCAUUGCCGGUGACAUCGACGCUGUCUCGGCGGCCCUCUCCCACACACAGGUUCAGACUCACUUCGAGCUGCUGGGGGCAGCCAUUGGAGAUGCAGCUUUCAUUGCUGCCCACACCACCGCUCGAGUGGCCAAAGCCAGCGCCCUCUUGGAUGCCAUCGCGAGCCUGGAAGACCCUCAGGUGGGGUUACGGCUUCUGCGCUCGUGUGCCGGACACACCCGCAUGGUCCACAGCCUGCGGUGCAACCCGCCCGAGCCGCAGCUGGCUGCCCUGCAAGCCUUUGACCACAAGGUCCGCAGCUCCUUCAGCAUGCUCACCGGCAUCCACCUCAGCAAGCCACAAUGGGAACAAGCUGGGCGUGCGUUUGGACAGGCUGGCUUGGGACUUCGGUCCACCACCCACGACGCCCCAGCAUGCUACUUGGCCUCUGUCGGCUUCACGUCGGAGAGGUGCUGCCAACUUGACGCAGCCUACAACUCUUUCCCCCCACGUGUUCAGCCAGCGGUCACCACUGCACUGCAAGCCUUCAACCAAGCAGCUGCCGCCCCCUUGACGGUGGAUGUAGCUCUUACCAAGAACCAGAAAGCCCUCACGAUGCUGCUAGACACCGCCACCUGGGACCGACAGCUGCAGACCGCCACUGUUGUUAGCCAAGCUGUUUUGCGGUCCGAGGCUGAACCUGGGGCCGCUUUCCUUGCAGCGCCACCUUCUGGCAAAACUCGGAUGGAGCCGGCGGUUUUUGUCACAGAGCUUCGGCAACGGCUGGGCGUGGCUGACGCCAGCACGGAAGCUUGGUGCCCGCGCUGUGAUGGGGUGUUGGACACGUUGUCUCUCCACGCAGCUGUGUGCUGUGCAGGAGGCGAGCGCACUGUCCGCCACCACGCACUCCGGGACAUCCUCGCAACUUGGGUUGACCGAACGGGGUUGCAGCCAGAGAAAGAGAAGGGAGGACUCCUGCUACCCCAGCACCCUGACGAUUCCAGCAGCAUCCGGCGGCGGCCGGCAGACUUGUACGUACCUUCAUACCUUGGUUCACCUACUGCCUUUGACCUGGCCGUCACGGCCCCCUCGCGGCAGGAAACCUUGGGAGAAGCAGCGCGCACCAGUCUGGCGGCCGCUUCUGCGUAUGCGGAAACCAAAGCAGCCCAUUUGGCGCCUGAGAGCCGAAAGCUGCCGGCUUCCUCCGCAAGAUCUCCAGCGCUGCAGCUGCCCGUGAAGGGGCCGAUGGAGAGGGGCUCCAUGCCACACUUCUGCAAGAGCUGUGUGUGGCUGCUCGAACUGUCCGGGCCCAAGCAGUUUUGCGCCGACGUGCUGAGCUCGCCAUGGCAACCACACCUCCUGCCCUGCUCACUGCUCCAUGAGCUCUGCCUCGCUGGUCUGCGGCUCAGCGACUUUGUCUUCAACUCCGUGAUGGGUUGCGAUCGCACGCCCUGGCAGGUGGCCAUGAAUGUCUUGGACUUCCUGCAACAGCAGCAGAUUCCACGCAGCGAAGUCUCCUUGGGCUCCGCCAUUCAAGCGUGCGAGGCGAGCCUGGCCUGGCUCAGUGUCCUCAGCCUGCUGCCUGCACUGCCUGCCGCUGGUAGCGUCAUCGCCUGCAACGCAGCGCUGUCAGCCCUGGCACAGGGCUCCCAGCCGCAGUUGGCGCUGCAGCUGCUGCAGGAGCUGCCAGUGGAGCGGUGGAGCGUCGUCACGCUGAAUACCUUGAUGCCUUGGGCCGAGGGUGUCAUGGAUGGCAGCGAGAUGGAGACGGUGUGGGAUCCCGAGCUUUGGCAACGAAGUUUUGGGAUUCGACCCAACUUGAUGAGCUAUAACGAAGCGGCGCUUCUAUCGGAGAGAUGUGGGGAUUGCUUUCAGCUGGUGCGCCGCCUGCGCUUGCUGCGGCGGGAAGCGCUACGCUGCUACCGGGGCGGCCCAAAAAUCGCUCGAGAACGGGGGAAAGAUGGUGAUCAGAUAACCCAGCAAAGAUUGGAUGUGAUGAACUGCUUCGCAGUUGAAAAAAAGGGGUUGUCCAUGAAAUUAGCUGAUGGUUUUUUUUUGGCGUGUGUUUCAUACUUACAUUUCUUAGUAUAG